CUGAAGACUGAAGACUGUCAGCGCAAAUUUUGUUGCUUACGAGACUUCAUGGUCAACGAUUUUUAAAAUGAGGACAUAACGAUCGUAAAUCGCGUUGCUAUAUAGUGUGUCAUGGCACGAAGUUUUUGGCGCAGUUCAAACUAGUAAGUCUUGCUAUUCUCUGUUAGCUCAUCAGACUUAACUCCUUUAUUAUUGAGUAAUUAGCACAUUACCGCUUAUUUUCUGUGUUUGACUUAUUACAUACGUCAAAUCAGUAUAUCCUACGGCCUGACAACACUAUCUUUAACAGAUAUUUCUAGAUGAUAUAAGCUGCAUUUAAUGGAGAUGCAAAUAAGGAUACUAUGAGAAUGUCCAUUAAAAUUUUCAGUGGUUGGUGAUCAGAGUGAAACUAAACAACUCAUACUUCAUCGUUUGAAUGGAAGCUACUUUUUUAUAUACUUCAACAGUUCUCAUUCGAUAAAUUCACAUUGGAUUAAGGGAGAAUGCAAACAAAAGCCCUUACACAUUGCUUACUUUCAACAACCACGUCUCCUAGCUGUACAUUGUAAAAUAGGUUAUAUAGAGAAGUUACCUACUUACAGGAAAAGUAGUUUGUAUUCAUAUGUGGCUACACUUUUGUUUCAUAGUAUCUCCCCUAUUCAUACUCAUUCUUUAAUUUACAGUUUAGAGUGGUUAUUGGAUCGUCAAGAUGUAAUGAUACAUAGAGCGAAUGAUUUAAAAAUUCUUGGUAGCGAAGAAGAAUAUCAGAAAGUAAUGCUUUUCUUUACUGAUGUCAUUCAAGCAUUUGGCAAAAGCGUUGAAGUCCGUCAACAAGUAAUUGCGACCGCUUUAGUAUAUUUCAAAAGAUUUUACAGUCGCAAUUCAUUUAAGACUAUCGACCCAUGGUUAAUGGCUCCAUCGUGUCUGUUUUUAGCAUCUAAAGUUGAGGAAUUUGGUGUAGUUUCUCAAAAAAAUCUAAUGACAUCAUGUCGUAAUGUGGUUCAUAGUCAUUAUUUAAUCUAUUUUCCUGAUGGUUACGGUUAUCCAUAUCGUGCUCAAGAUGUAUUGGAAUGUGAAUUUAUUUUACUUGAAGCAAUGGAUUGUUCAUUAGUCGUCUUUCAUCCUUAUCGUCCGUUGGUACAGUUUUGUGAUGAACUUCGCCCUCAAAUGCAUGAGUAUGCUGACGUACUGUUAGAGCGUGCUUGGUGGCUAGUAAAUGAUAGUUUUCGAACAGACGUGUGCCUGCAUUAUCCUCCCUAUAUAAUUGCUCUGGGUUGUCUACAACUGGCUGUUGUGAUUAUUUCAAGUAAUCCUGACCUAUUAAUCGGCUCCGUCAAUAUCAGUUCAUCAUCAUUUAUGAAUUCCAGUCUAUCUAUUUCAUCGAAUAAACAUGGUUAUUUUGGGCAUCAAACCCAAUCAACUGUCAAUCCUUCAUUAGUUGCUGAUCGUUGGUUCAGUGAAUUAAAUGUGGAUAUGGAAAGAGUGUUGGAAAUUUCUCGUCAUCUACUUAGUUUGUAUGAUUUAUGGCGUCGUUUUGAUGAACUUGCUGAAAUGCCUAACAUAUUAUUAAAAAAACUUCCACGUCCUGUCAUUCAGUCGCCACAUACUUCACAAAAUUACCAAUCUGGCAAUUCUGUCAAUCCAACGGGUUGUAAUAGUACUUCUGCAACUCAAUCAUCUAAUCUAUCUAGUGGGACACAACAACAAACUCAUGGUGGAUCAAUGGUUGUUCCAUCGGGUACAGGUGCUGUUGGUACAGGAAGUAGUAGUGGUGCUACGGGGACUGUUGGUAGUAUACAUAAUAUGCCGGAUCACCAAACUCAACAACAACAAAGAUCAAUGACGUCAUCUAGCCAACCACGUAUGCAUCCACAAGGUGGUGGGAUGCAGCAUAUGGGAGUCAGGUAGACGGAUAAGAACAAAGCGAUUAUGGCUGCAUAUCUGUAUAAAACUUUGGAAGUAUAUGCUUAUAUAUAUUCAGUUCUAUAUACACAAUAUAUAUUCCCUGGUUUAUUUCUGCUGAAUGUAUUUGUGUGGAUUAACCAAAGCUUUCACGUGUUAAUUUUGAACGAACAUGUCGUUUUAGCAAUGUAGCAGUAUAUCAGGUCAGCUGGAAUAAAUACUUUUCAGUAUAUGAUUGUGGAGAUUAUUGAAUUUCAUUGAAAACAUGAUCCGGCUUA